AUGGAGGCGUCAAUAGCCGAUCUGAAGGCGACUGUAGAAAUGCUCGUGGCGGGCGGCAGACCGGAGUUCAGGAGAACUCUGGUAGUCGCACGUCAGGAGAAAAACGCCUCGGAAAGGAAUGCGACGGGCGGCAGCGUUAUUGAUGACAAUGACGGCGUCGGAAGCGUUGGGAGCGGCGGAACCGUCAUCACUAUCAGGCCGCCCGGGAACGAAGACGUCGAACCGGCGGACCGGCAUGUUUCCUCCUCCCUCGCCGAGGUCGUACGGAAAGUCGGAAGCCAGCUGAGCGGAGGGUUCCAGAGGACAUUCAAAACUAAGGCAGACGUUGUUUCGUUGGGUAAAUUGGACGUAAAGACGGCGAGGGACCUGCUUGCAGACUGGGCCGCUACCACAGGAAGACCGGCAACCGUACCGCCGGCCUACCUGACGCAGUGCAAGCUCCUCCUCAAUUUUGAGGAAGUAACCAUGCGAGACGCCAUGCUGUACGCCGAGAUAACGCUGUAUCUCAUCCUUCAUGAUAAGUUUUCGCAGCGGUCGUAUCUUGGCGCGGAUGGGGACUGUGAGGAGUUGACGGCGUGGAGAUCGAGGUGGAGUUAUCUUUUCGACCUUCCCGCGGCGUCAACCUUGAGAAUAAGCCAUUCCAUCGCGUGGCUGAUUUUGGCACGACGCACCCUGGAGCAUGACCAGGCGUCGUCAGACCAGGACUCCCUCUCGAGUUCGCCCCGGCUACAACCAGCAGAUGCCGUACGACAGGAGCCUCACCUUCCGAGUCAGAACCCGGAGCUGUGGAACUUGGCGCAUGCGAGAGUGUGCAACUUGGCGACGGAGGUCGUCAGGGCGUUUGUGGAGAUGCCUUCGGCGCGCGCCGAAGAGCUGCCUGAAUUCCACCGCCUAUGCGUCGCCUAUGCGAUGCUCAUCAUUUCCAAGUAUGAACAGAAACCACCGUACGGCGGCGCGGAGGGUGGUGUUACGCGCAGCAUGGAAGUGCUCCAAUUGUUGAAGGCCGCGCAGAAGCAAAAUGCAGUCUGGUCGGCCAGCUCUCCGUCCGCGAUCCAAUUCGGGCUGGAGAGGGCUCUGAAAAAGGUCACCGCCCGGGUUGAGGGUGCUGCCCAUGGUUCCGCUGCCAAUCCAAGGGCAGGCCCAACUCCGGCUACGGCGAUGACCAUCGAUGAUCGUGCACCACACAGGAUCGGUAUGUUGUCGCCGAACAACGUCCAGGGCGCUGCUGCUGGGGCACCGAUGUCUUGGGGACAUCACCACCCAGAUGUGAUGGGUCAGCAGCAACAUGAUCACCCGUCCUCGUUCACAAAUGCUACACUCCUGCCAGAGUUCGAAGAGUCUUUCGAGAUGAUUGGCAACUUCUUCAAUGGAGGACAUCUGAGCCUUGGAGACCCCUCUCUCAUGGAUAUGUUUCAAAAAUAG